AUGCCAAAAAGAGACAUUCUGCAAGAAUCCCAACCCAGUCUGACGUUACCAAGUAAUAGUCCUCUGUUGAGUCUGAUUAAUCUGAAUCAGACUAAUCACAGUAUAAUACCUUCUUCUUCUUCCAAUACUCCAAAACCAAAACCAACGGAACAAAAACGUAGAAGAGUAACCAGGGCUUGUGAUAACUGUCGCCAGAAAAAAGUGAAAUGUGAUGGUAAACAACCUUGUAUUCAUUGUACGGUUUAUUCUUAUAAUUGUACUUAUGAUCAACCUAAUAUCCGUAAUAAGAAGAAUACUGGUAUACCGAUACCUUCGUAUCCUCAAAACAAUCCAGCUUUCAAUGCAGUGAAUGCCAAUUCAAAUUUGGCCUCCAAUACUACCAGUCCCUUAAGUAUGAACCAAUUAAAUAGUUUGGUUGCUUCUCCUCUACUGCAAUCACUAACUUCUUCGGAUAUCAAUAUCAAGAACAACAAUCUAGAAUUAUGCCAAAAAAUUAUGAAUUUAAUUCUCCCCAAGGUUAAAUUCAAUUUAUUAGACGAUAAACCUCAACAAUUUGAUUUUGAUAAAUUUCAAAAAGUUUUCCAUUAUAUUCAAAAUAAAAAUCCUUCAAAUGUUAGUUUAAAUGAAAUUUCUGAUUUAUAUCAAGAUGGUCCUACUCCAAUUACUUCUCCAAUAAGCCGACACGAACGCCAAUCUUCAGUUUCUUCUAAUGAUGAAAAUGCUCUUGGUCGUGAAAUAAAAAUUAUGCUACCUUCUAAAGAAGUGGCUCUACAGUUAAUUUAUACGACUUGGUAUAAGGCUUGUGUACUUUUCAGAUUUUACCAUAGACCCUCCUUAUUAGAAGAAGUUGAAUUGCUUUAUAGUUUGGAUCCUUUCAAUUAUACCGAUAGACAACAAAAAUUCUUACCAUUUUUAUACUCUAUUUUAGCUUGUGGUUCUCUUUUCUCAAAACUGUCAAAAGAUUCCAAAAACAAUGAAAGUUUAGAAGAUGAUGGGUUCAGAUACUUUCUUGAAGCAAGAAAAUUAAUUGAUAUCACCAAUGUUGGUGAUAUCAUUUCAAUUCAAACAAUUGUUAUGAUGAUUAUGUAUUUACAAUGUUCAGCUAGAUUGUCGACUUGUUAUUCCUAUAUCGGUAUUGCUUUAAGAAGUGCUGUCAAAGAAGGUUUACAUCGUAAUUUAUCUAUAUUCCAAAAUUCAAAACGUAAACUUGAUCCUAUCGAAGUGGAUACUAGAAAAAGAUUGUUUUUCACCAUUUAUAAGAUGGAUAUUUAUAUUAAUUCUUUACUAGGUUUACCAAGAUCUAUAAGUGAAGACGAAUUUGAUCAAGAAUUUCCUGAAGAACUUGAUGAUGAAAAUAUAACUAGAGAUAGCUACUUAUAUGAUAAUCAACAAGGAAGAUUGUCAUCGUCAGGUUGUGCAAAUCAUCAUACUAAAUUAAUGCUCAUCAUUUCACAUAUCGUGAAAGAAUUAUAUCCAAUUAAAGUGAAAAAUCAUGGUAAUCCUGAUCAUGUAUCCCCUGGCCAUAUCCAUAAUAAGGUUACUGAUAUUGAAUUGGAAUUAAAACAGUGGUUGGAAAAUUUACCUGCUGAAUUGAAACCAACUGAUCCUAAUAAUAUUGAAUCUAGUAAAAAUAUCCCUGAAAAAUUUCUAUUGGCAAACUAUUAUCUUCACUUAGGUUUUUUAAAUUGUCAAAUCAUGUUAUAUAGACCUUUCAUUCAUUUUAUCAGUAAUGGAGUUUAUUUCCAAGCAUCUGAUCCUAGAUCUUUAAUCAGAGGUCGUAAUUGUAUAAAAGUUGCCAGAAUGGUGGUCAAGUUGGCAAAUAAAAUGAUUGAUCAAGAUCUCUUGGUGGGUACUUAUUGGUUCUCCAUGUAUACAAUAUUUUUUUCUAUUGCGUGUCUCAUUUAUUAUUUCCAUUUUGCCAAUUAUAAUAAUAAUCAAGGCCAUAAAGGUGGAGUAAAUUAUGCUGGGGUUUUAUUCGACGAUGACUUAAAUAUUGAUAUGAUCAAAAAGGAUAUCGAAAUUGGUAAAAAAGUUCUUGAUUGUUUGAAGCAUAAUUCUAAUUCUUCUUUAAGAAUUUAUAAUAUCUUGAAUAAUUUAUUCGAGCAAUUGAAUAGAAGAACUGCUAAUACCUCAAGAGUUAAAAAUAACCCCUUAAUGACCCAAUCUACUUUUGAAGCAAAUGAUGCUUCAGUUCAAUCAACCUUUCAUAACUUUGAUAGAAUGAAUGAUUUUAAUCAACCUGAUGGUCCUCUUUCCCAAAAUAAUUACGACCAAUAUUCAUCAUCACAGCCAGAAUUGAAUAGGAAUCGAAGUAAUGGUAACUUAAGAAAAUAUGAUGUGAAAAAAGAAGAUGAUGACUCUCUAAAAGCGUUUUUGCUAAAGGGCAACUUGCAAGAUAAUUAUACCGAGCUUGCAGACCCUUCAAGAGGCCAAAAUAGUAAUGAAAAAUCGCCUAGUAAGAAUAAUAAUGAAAGUCCUAAGAAAUCAGCUGAUGAUUUUUCUGGACCAAUUCCAACACCUUCGAGUGCAGGUGUACCAAAUGGUAGCGUACCUAUGAAUAACAAUUACUCUGGCAAUGUUGAUUAUUUACCAGGGGUGAUUGAUACUUUAGAUGCCCAAAUAUUCGGAAGAAUUCUCCCUCCCUAUAUGUUAGAGAAAAGUGCCAAAAGAGCUGAAGGUGCAGAUGCUGCAUCCAAUGGGUAUUCAUCAAAGAAUGAUUCAAAGCCAUCUCAAAAUAAUGAUUAUCGUUCCAAAUUUGAUGAUAAUACUACUAAUAACAAUAGAAGCGACAGUUUCCAAUCACAGCAAAACGUUCCCGGACCGGGUUUAAACUUGGACGAUUUUGAUUUAUCUAUGUUGGGUGAUAAUAACACUUUAGAUUAUUUAGAUCCCUUUAAUCCAAUUAAUAACGAAUCCCCUUAUGAUUUUAGCAAGCAGAAUAACUGA